AUGGUAUCACGCACGCAAUGUGGAAUACCUCUUUCUUUUGCAGGAGGUUUAAACGUAAGUCUUUCAGAAGACAUGGAAGAUGUUGUCUAUCGCGAGAUGCAGUCAGGGAGGGAGGCCAUCCCUGGUUUGGAGCGGAAGUUUAGUAUGGUCAUGAAGGAUUUGUUUGAAACGGAGCUUCUGUCUAUUUUUUAUCUACAAGAUCCAUAUGCUAUAUUUUCUGGAAAGCUCAAAGCGAAUUUGGUCGGAAGUGUCAGCGAAGGAUUUGGUAUUCCUGAAUAUAUUCACUGGGAAGAAGACAGUUCCUCCAGAGUUGCUGUUCGUGAUGAGGCAGAUUUUAACCUUGUCUGGAGUUGGCUUAAACUUGGAGAGGAUUAUCCAAGUUGCAACUCAAAAACUCAACUGGACGGUGUGGUCGAAUUCAGCUCUUAUUUCCCAGGUUAUGCCAUGGUCAAGUUGGUGGCUAAUGAAGCAAUAACCCGCUGGAUAGAUCUUUCCAACACUGCCGUUAACGGUGAUGGAAGCAAAGUCGAAGUCUACCUACAUCCAUCUGCUGUCACUGAUGAAUUUUACAUGUCUUUGCAUCUGAGAAGUGUACUUAGUAACUUGAUCGUGAACAGCAUUGGAGAAAGUAAUGACAAAAAUGCAAACUGUUUCAAAUCUGAUGGCAACUUUGACAGAGAGGGAGGUGAAGAAAGCUCUAAUUGUGACCAAACAAAAUUUAAGUUACCGGUAGAACUUUCCUCACAUAAAUUCAGCAAGUCUGCUUACAAAUCUGGAAGGAACCAGAUUUUGUUUUUAGUUGAUGAAGGAGGACCAGCUGUAAAUGUUACUGUCUUUUCAAGAGAAGGUGGAGGUACUAUGCUGGAUAUGGCAUUAUGCCUAUCACUUCCUUCUUGGCCAACAGUGGCCAGUGAGUGGAUAUCAAGGCACAGACGAAGUGGUUGGCCAAGCCAGGAAUUGGUAUCUGAAAUAGUAAAUGAAGGAUGCUCACUGGUCCCUGUUAGUCCAUUGAGAAGUCAGACUGGCUUGGAAUGGCGCACAUCCUUUAGCUUGGCAGAAAAGAAGCUUGCACAAUCAUUGAAUGAAUGCCAGAAGGCCUGCUAUUUGAUUGUAAAAGGAAUCUGGAGGCAUUAUCUUAAACAUCCAAGUAAAAGAGGAUUGCAGUCUUAUCAUCUCAAAACAACAUUGUUUUGGGUGUGUGAAGAAGUGCCUACAAAUGAGUGGAGAAGAGAAAAAAUUGGUAUCGGAGUACUGCAAAUAUUACAGAAACUGUACUACUUUCUUGUUAACAUGUUGUGUCCACAAUAUUUUAUUCCAGAAAAUAAUCUUUUUCAAGACAUCGAGGGAGAUGUGCUGAUGUCCACCCUUCAAAGAAUCUCUAUAGCCAUUUUGUCAAGGCAGCAAGUUUGGUAUGACAAUCCUGGACUUUUGACCAUGUUGCCACCAGAAAACUCUAGGAUGCACCUGACCAAACUCGAAGACCAGGCCUUCCGAGAGGCCAUUGAAAAUGUUUAUAGCUUUUGCUUCACUUUUGCACUGCAUGAAGAUGAAGAACAAGCUGAAGAUUUUGAAAAAAUGCUGGCUCUCCGUGUGAAGGAAGCCUUAGAGAAAUGCCUUCAACCUCAGGGGUUUUGGCACCAUUUGAUUGCAGUCUUUUUUGCCAUUUUUGAGAAGGCUGUCUUUCAACAAUACUGGGAUUCCUGUGCUGCUAUGAGGAGAUACAUUGGUGGAAGGAUUCCCCCUCGAUUGAUUGCUCUAAAGAAACCAAUUCCUUUGGAUCUGAUCAUCAAACUUUGUGCGUGGCUGGAUAUGUUCAAGUUUAGUUUCAAGUUAUUUGUUAAGUUUGUCAAUGAAGAAGGAAUGAAAGAUCUGACGAAUUUUGAAAACAAUGAAGACCAAGAGUCAUCAAAGGAGGACAGUGAUUCCGAAGGUACGGGCAUCAUGGGAGACUUUUCACAUCACAUCCUUUCAAAUCUAACCCAGGCAUUUAUGGAAACUGGCAAGUUUGACAUUGAAAUGACUUCUGAUGAUGAAAGUGAAGAAAGUGAAGUUGAUGAGGAAAACAAGGACUGA